UAAGCCUUAUAUAAGUUAACCAUCAAACAAGAUCCUCAGUUGCAACCAUCGAAAAACCCUAGUUUCCACUACCGGAGCAGCCGCAGAGUCCUUCUCAGCACAACAACAUCUCGACAAUGGCGGAAGUGGAGGUUGAUGUAGCGGCAGCCGGAGUUCCGAAGAAGAGGACGUUCAAGAAGUUCAGUUUCAGAGGAGUUGAUUUGGAUGCUUUGCUUGAUAUGUCCACUGAUGAGCUUGUAAAGCUCUUCACUGCUCGUGCUCGCAGAAGGUUUCAGAGAGGUUUGAAGAGGAAGCCCAUGGCUUUGAUUAAGAAGCUUCGCAAAGCUAAACGUGAGGCACCAGCUGGAGAAAAGCCAGAGCUUGUGAAAACCCAUUUGAGGAACAUGAUCAUUGUUCCAGAAAUGAUCGGAAGUGUUGUUGGUGUUUACAAUGGAAAGACUUUCAAUCAGAUUGAAAUUAAGCCUGAGAUGAUUGGACAUUAUCUUGCUGAAUUCUCCAUUUCAUACAAACCAGUGAAGCAUGGAAGACCAGGUAUUGGUGCUACUCACUCUUCCAGGUUUAUCCCAUUGAAGUGAGGGGAAAGAAGAGGGGUAUUCAAUCAGUAUUUUGGUUUCAUGAACAUUUAUUAUAUGUUUUGUUAUGUUUUUGUUUAAGUUUUGUGAUACUUCUUUAAUCUUUUAAUUAAGUUUUGAAGGUAGAUUGAUACAUUGAAAAAAUGGCAAUUUUAUGAAUCGUUUGGUUGUUGCUUCA